ACUCCAGGUCGAGUUCAAACCGUGUUUGCGGCCGCAACUGACAUAUAUAUCGCGACGUCGAUGUGUUUUGUGUUGCAUGAGGCCACGACGGGAUUUAGACCAACGCAGACCGUUGUUGCAAAACUGAUUAUCUAUUCGAUCAAUCGUGGGAUCGUGUUGACCGUGAUGCAGAUCCUGCAAACUGCGUUGAUUCCAUCGACCAACAGGGAGUUGGACCAGAUAUUCUACUUCCCUAUGAGCACGGGUGAGAAUACUGCUUUUUACUACUCGUAUAGACUGAUAUCAUCUUCGGUACUAGUUUAUGUCAACGCAGUACUUGCUGUGUAUGUAUGCUUCCGCCUGCACAGAUGAUGUUGGGUGUGACAUUGCACGUCUGAUAGGCUGAAUGCACGUGGGCAUUUGCGAGAAAGAAAGAACGGGACCGAAUGUGCAAUACCGCUCAACGAAUGCAGCGUCUCAGCAUCGACAUCUCAUUCCGGGCAUCACCAAGCUGCUGUAAUUGAUAUUUGUUAAUGAGUCUACGACCGUCCUAUGAGCAAAUCGUUGUGGCAUAAUCGAGUUGCGACCGCCACGAUUUCCGAAGAAUUAGGAACACUUACCUAGAUGAUCGUCUAUGCAAUUCUCAUUUCACUUGA